CAUUUGUGCGGCUAUCUCCUGCUGUAGCCAUCCCUAUCCGCAGUCCGGAGGGACAGCACACACACACAACGUACAUCACAACACUCUCUGCUGAACGGAGUGCUAUUUUGUUCAUCGUCUGAAAAACAUCGAAACGGGGAGCUCCGCCAUUCCAAAGCAUCCUCAGUCUGCCCAGUUGACAUGGAGAUAACCGAGUUAGAAUUCUAAUUGUUUUGGGGGUCCUUUCCUGUACGUCACCGGGUAAUAUUUGUUUACGACAAGGGACGAUAUUAUGUCAAGCGCGGCUGAUUGAAUUCGCGCACUGAAGUAAAAGAUUCUUGGGUCUGCUUUGUGCGCUGAGGUCAGAUGUGUGAGAAGGUAUAUCACCAUAUGAUUGAAUGCCAGUACUUCGCUAAGAAGAGGUGACUGACGCUGUAUUGGAUAUUAACAUGGAUGCUAUAUCAUUUUGUGCUGCACUGGUUGUGUUGUUGCCGGUCUUUCUCUCUAUCUUUGGGCAAGGAGGUCUUGCAUCAGAGGCCGAGGAGAGGCUUUUCAAUGAUCUUUUCAAUGGUUAUAACCGCCUUAUCCGUCCAGUGGAAAACAACACAGAGAGAUUAUCGGUCGAGUUUGGCCUUACAAUGUCACAGCUUAUUGAUGUGGAUGAGAAAAAUCAAAUCAUGACAACGAACGUUUGGUUAAAACAGCAAUGGGUCGAUUACAAAUUAAGUUGGAAUCCUGAUGAAUAUGACGGCAUCAAGAUUCUUAGAGUUCCUGCUGGGAUGAUCUGGCUUCCUGAUAUUGUUCUUUACAAUAAUGCGGAUGGCAAAUACGAGGUGACUUUAAUGACGAAAGCACUGGUCUACGACAGUGGCGUCAUCUACUGGCUACCUCCAGCCAUCUACAAGAGCUCAUGUAAAAUAGAUGUCCAGUAUUUCCCUUUCGACCAGCAGGAAUGUAUCAUGAAGUUUGGUUCCUGGACUUACGAUGGUUUACUCAUAGACUUGAUGCCUCUCGGUGGGCCUGACGUAGAUCUUGAAGACUACUGGCAGAGUGGUGAAUGGUAUAUCAUCGGUACCCCUGGUACCAAACACACAGUCAAAUACCCAUGCUGUGAUGAGAUCUACACUGAUAUCACAUUCAAUAUGAUCAUCAGGAGAAAGCCAUUGUUCUACACGGUCAACCUCAUUCUUCCUUGCGUCCUCAUCUCAUUUCUUACAGUGCUGGUAUUCUACUUGCCGUCUGACUCUGGUGAGAAAAUCACCCUUUGUAUCUCGGUGCUCCUAGCUCUGACUGUGUUCCUCUUGCUGAUUGCUGAGAUCAUUCCCCCUACCUCUCUACUCAUACCGCUCAUCGGUAGAUACCUGCUCUUCACAAUGGUACUCGUGACGCUCUCGAUUGUAAUCACAGUAAUCGUGCUGAAUAUCCACUACCGAGCACCGAGUACGCAUAUCAUGCAGCCGUGGGUGCGACGAGUCUUUCUGGAAAUCCUGCCGCCAUUGCUCUACAUGAAACGUCCUCAGCAGUACCUCACCAAAGUACAAAAGGGCAACCAGAGAGAUCCCAAUUAUUUCGAGUUGAAGGAGGUUAUCCACAAGGACGGGGACUCAACAAGGAGUAACGGCAGGGACAUUUAUGAUAAUCACCACUCUGGAUUCAAACUCAGGACUCUGUCUGACGAGGUAGCUGGAAGCGACGGAGAAUCAUCCAAGUCGUCUGGUGGUAAUCGUUUUUCGAAGGAGUUUAAACAAGCAGUGGACGGCGUACGGUUCAUCGCGACGCACCUCAAAACCGAAGAGGAUUACAAUAGGAUGACAGAAGAUUGGAAAUACGUAGCCACAGUGAUUGAUCGGAUCUUCCUAUGGGUGUUCCUCAUCUGUGUGAUCUGUGGUACCAGCGGAAUCAUCCUAUCAGCUCCUCUUAUAUUCUUGCCAGUAAAAGAACAAGACGACAGUACGUUGGAUGGGGCAGUUUAAACUGGAUUUUGAAAACCGUUUACGUUUGUUAAACGUUUAAAAUGUCACCUCCAAACGACGAAGGUUUGAUUCGCGGUGAAUCGGGGGGUUGGUCUCGCGCGUGCCAAUAUUGAAGACACUGCCAGGGUGAGCCGGCGAUAUUACUUCGCAGUUGGUGACAUAGGGUUGACUUAGGGUUGACUUGUCAUCGGGUUACCGGAGAGUGGUUAUUGGACGCAUACAGUGGUUGGACAAUGCAUCAUCAUGGUGAAUGGUUACUGUGCGUCAACCAUACAGCCAGUAAUCUCCAGUGCAGUAAACCUCGCAAUGGAUGGACAUACUUGUAUCUGGUGUCGAUGACGAAUUGCCAGCAGAGGAGCCGCAUUAAAUUGUGUAUAUAAAAUUACAAUUGACUUGGUGCUUAUACCACACAGUUGUUAAAGUUUUGCAGGGGACAACAAGUUAACAACUUAUUUUUCUUCCAACGGUUAUUUCAACCGUCAACGAGUUCGUAUUAUAAACGAAAACAAACAAAAACGUGUUGUUGGAAUAAUUAUUAUUAGCGUUUAGUAAGCGAGUAGUUUCAGUUCUUGUGAGGUAUAACAAAAGAAUGUAAUACACACGAUGACGUCAUCUGAGCAUGCAGGGCGCCCUCCCUCGGCUAGAGGUCAAAAUGAAAUUGCUUAUUGGAUGAUUCUGUGCGCCGCGCGUACAUUGUCGUUUUACCUCUAAAGAUGGCGGGGUGAUGACGUCAUUGCAUAAGGUCCAUCAGUAGAAUCUCAGCGCGGGACAAUGAGUCACAUUUUGUGCAACGAGUUUCACAUGAUAAACAAAGCUCACUGUUUCAUUGACCGUUUCUUUGGAAAGCAGUUUUGAUUUGUUUUGUGAAAAUGAGAAGCUUCAUUCGAAGCUGCAUGGGGAACUGAAGUUCUGUCCACGAAGAUAAAUAUAUUUCUAAGAGUAAGAGAACUGUUAAGCUCAAUGCCUCAACUCAUUCAACGAAGUUGAGUUGCGUUCUUCUGCCUUGUUUUGUUUCAAAAUGUUCUGAUAUGUACAUUGUCUCAAAAGCAAACUAGUGCUACAAUGAUACCGUACACACAUAGCAAGAUAUCAAUGAAGCCCUGGUGUAUCAUCGCAAGAAUUAUCAAGCCAAUUAAUUAAUAAAUUGGCGUUGGUGUUAACACGUUACAUUUACAGUUCCAAUUGUGUUCGAUGAGGUUAAAUUAAGCCACAGAUCGCUCACACUUUUGAAACGAAAAAUGUAACAUGUCGGACUUAUCACAUAAAAUACUCGAAUGGGUGGUACAUAACUAAGAUCACAAUGGAACAAAUAUCACAAGCCCAAUUUAAUGCUUUCUACCGAGGAUAAAAUAAUCGAAACAGAGGGCAACAUGUAUCAUAAAAAGGUUUUACAUAAGGUAAUGCCUGCUUGUAUAGUCCAGUAUCAUUACCAUUUUAACAUUCUUGUACAUUACCCUAUAUAAAACAACUACUGUAAUUACAUGGUUUUUUAAUGUAUAAGAAUAAAAUUUGCACUAUGAGUGAAUAUUUACGUGGCAGGACCCACUAUAAAUUUUUGUAGCAUUAAAAAAAAGUGUGUUAUUAUUGCGGGGACAGUGUGGCAUCCAGUUGUAAACACAAGUUUGGCCAUUUGGUAUUUUAUUUACCUUUAUUAUAGCUUUAAAAUAAAGUAUCCUUGAAGCGCUGGAUAUUGCGCAUGACUUUUUAAACGUAUAAUUACUUCAUAUAUGAUUUUGUGGAGCUUUUUUUUCUAGGGGAUGGUGCAACAUUGGUCACCAUUUGAAAGUCUAAUUUCCUGAGUUUUGUUUUGGCACGUUACUACGAAUGAUGAUUCCACCCACAGGUUACGUAUAUAUUAGAAAUUGGUUUCUUGACAACAAUUUCCGCAAAAGGAACUUGGUUUUGUAAACCUUCAGCUUUAGGAAACAGGUAAUGGCUAUAGGUAAACGGUGUACUCAAUAAUAAUUUGGGCGAGGUUUUUGCAGGUUGGCGUUUCGGGUUCAAAGUAUUGGAUUUUAAAUUGACGUCCGUUUACGGUACCACUAACAUAAUGCCAUUCCUUCGUCUUUUGAAAGCAUUUUGUCAAACUCUGUAGAAAUUGCAAAGGCGUUCGUAAUCUACAGAACCGUUUCGUACUUUAGACUGAAUUGAUGUGUUCGAGGAGCUGCUAAGCACAAAAAUUUGCUUAGCAUGAAAUUUCUUCCUUGAUAAAAACAGGAUUACCAACCAAGU